UUCCAGCGCGGGGGGGAGGGAAGAGGCUGACAUUUGAUCAACUGACGACGUGUAUCUUGGAUCCCCGCCGCUUGGGCUCUCGCUGCUCCGCGGCUCGAGUCUUUCCGAACCAGAACAGGGAAGGGGGAACUUUUCACAACAGAAGAAGGCGAGAGGUGGGGAGGCAUUUCUAAGCAUCUCUUAAGGACAGUCGCUCGCACUUGCCAAGAUGGCGGGGACAGAGGCCAGGCAGUCUUCGCCCAAUGGCCAGAGCAACCUCCAUGGCUCGCCUCCCUACCCUCGCGGCCUAUAUCAGCGGUCUGAUUCAGUGUCGACGUCCUCCCCCCUCUCGCCAACAUCAUCGCAGGACCGCAGGGAGAGUUUUCACCUUCAAAAUAGCGGCCUCUAUAGCGCUCCGGCCUCGUCUUCGCGCACUUCACUCAACCAUUUCCAGCAGCAGCAGCAACAGCAGCACAACCAACGCAGACUCAAUCCAACUCAUUCCCACCAAACUCAGGUCCAGCACGAGGCCGACGAGCAGCGUGAGGAGCUUGACGUGUCUACCGAGAACGUCCUUACACCGCUCGGAUUCCCGCCAAGCUACAGCAGCAGCAAGAGCGGAAAUAACGGCAGCGGCCAAGGCGGCGACGACGAGUCGCCCUACUUUCGCAUCCCUUGGUCAGCACCCUCGGAAGCAGGUUCCGGCAGCAGUGGGCAUCGGUUUCCCUCCCCGUCCCUCCAGGGCCGGCCUGCAUCUACUGGCUCUAACGCGGCCCUGGGCCUCGCUGAGCAGGAACAAGGUUCACUGCAGCAGCAGCAGCAAAAUCCAGAAAGCCGGCCUUGGCACCAGGCCACCCCUCUUAUCUCACUCACCGGCGUCUCGCCUGGGAGACAGACUGCCAACAUGACGCAGUCCAACUCAUCGACAUCGUCCAGCUCUACCCCUUCGCCCCAGGACGGUGGCCAGGACGCUUGGAGCAUGGUCCGAGGUGAUGGUCGCCAGUCGCGAUCCUCGUCCUUUGGCCGCUCCGAUGUCACACCUUCGUCGUCGGUGCUGCUCUCUGGUGUGAGCCCACGCUCACCGACGAACAGCCUUGCCGGCUCGGAGCAGCUCGGCCGGUUGCAGCUGCAGCAGCAGCAGCAUGGGGGCAGUGGCUUCUUCUCCUCGUUCCGACCGUCGUCGUCUGCGGGUCGCGAUCAGUCCGAAUCCUCGACGCCAUCGAUACGGGAGCCGCAGGACCGGGCGCCGAGCGAGACCAGGAGAAGGGACCGAGGGCUAAAUGCGUCGGAACAGCGAAGUCGGCGGCCAAGCAGCGUCCUCGAGCAGGUCGGCGGCAUUUUCGACCGCUUUGGCAAGAAGCUGGGCCACUCGCGAAACGAGUCCAAGGACGCGGCCAGCAAGCGUCCAGUCAGCACUGCCUCCUUUGCGGGCCUCAAUGGGAGCGCCCUCGACGUCGGCUCGUCGAGCAACACCGACGAGGUCGAGGAGGUGCUGAAUGAGCACUCUCCCAAUGGCUCGACGAUGUCCCACCAAUUCUCCCCGUCGGUCUCGGCUGCUUCUCCGCCUGCCCCAUGGGAGCGCGCAAGUGCCGAGAGCAUGCAACAGCAGCAGCAGCAGCAGCAAUCGUCGUCGUCGCAGGGCGCCAAUACGGCCGGGCCGGCGUCGCUGCGAUCGCCCCUGAGCGAAAGCGCCGAGCCUCCUCUAACGCCGUCUUCUUGGAUGCAGCGACAGUUCUCUGCUGGCUCCCUCUCGUCGGCUCACGGGUUGCCACCCGCGUCUGAGGCAAGCGGCAGCAGCAGUCUAGCACCUGCACCUGCACCUGCACCUGCACCUGCACCGGCGCUAGCAGUUUCGUCGACCUCGACAUCGACCUCGACAUCGAGAGCAUCAAAGCGCCUGAGCGUGCUGGACCGGACCUUCAUCCAGGUCACUGAGGACAACGAGCGCUUCUCUGUCGUCGACAUCUCAUCACUCGACUCAUCGGCGGCGAUCAAAGAGCGCAUGCUGAGCAAGCUUCACCUCUUUGACGAGGAGGCCUCGUCUUUUGCCCUCUAUCGCACCGAGAUCGGCAUGUCAAGCGCAUCAGGGCCAAAGAUCGACGACGACGAGCUGCUGGCCAUGUGCUGGCAGCUCGGCGACGACAGAGGGACGCUCAAGUUUCUGCUUCAGCAAACUGCACCUUCCGCGCAGCCGAGCCGCGUCAUGCCCCCACCUCCCGUGGCUGCCUCGCCUCGAAAGGCGAUGCAGAAUCUUGCCAAUGAUGGCUUGUCGGCUCCUCUGCAUGCCAAGUCUGGCAGUCUGUCCUCAAGGUCGUCGGUCAGCGAGGUCCUUGGUCAGCAUAGCGAUGCUCUGAGCGGCGGUGGGGGCGGUGGUAGUGCUGCAAACGAGAGUGGCUCCGAGACUAGCAGCUCCCGUCAUCAUCUCCACCGAUCAAAGGCCACUUCGAGGCGUGCUGGGCAAGGCAGCGUUGCCUCUUCGGCCGAGGACGUUCGUUCACCCACCUUCAGCACUCGUUCGACGCCUUCCAACAGCGGUCUUGGGUCAGUCUCAGAGCAGGUCCUUGCAUCGUCUUCGUCGACCAUUGGCGCAGGGCCGUACGACAAGCCCCCCAGCGCAGGAGCGGGGCAUCAGGCAGACGAUUCAUCGAUGGAGGAGGUCAGGGAUCCAGACGAAGACGAGGGUACCCUCACCUCCUCGCGACCGUUUGGCAAGCUGAGGCGGCCGUUGAGCCAGAGCAGUCAUCAAGCGCAGCCGACGACGACGACGGUGCCAGCCUCGCCAGCUGCGGUCAGUGCGUCGCCGAUGCAUCAGCCUCAUGGUCUUCCAGACGAGGUAUCCUCGCCUUCCGAUACAUUUCAAAGAGGCCAAGGGUCGCGAGGAUCAUCCCAAAGCCGGCCAGUGGCCCAGAGGACAACGUCGCAACCUCAUGUUGGAGCGCCGUCCGAGAGCAGCGGGAGUGGGAGCACGAGCGCAGGCAGCAGCGGCGGGGUGCCCAAGAGCCUUCAGGCGGGCGGCCGCGAGCCACGAGGGCUCGAUCACGCAGACGCGGCACACAUGUACCUCGGCGGCGCCCUUUCGUCUCCACGCGACGACUUUGAGUAUCCUCCGCUCUCGCCCGCCAGCACCAUGGGUGGACCGACGUCAAUCCACGGGACAAAGAGCAUGGAAGACAUCCGUCUCAACAAACAGCGGCGACACCCUUCGUUCCCAUCGGCCGCCGAGAUGCCAGCCAAUGCAAAGCAGCAGAUCUUAAAGGAGCAGAUGAAUCCCUUGGACAUUCGCGACGGUCGCUACCCGCGGCCAGACGUUGCUGUGUCUCAUUCGGCCAGCACCAACGGCAGCGGAGGGCCGGCUUACCAUCCCUCGUCACACUGGCAGUCGCCACCGCCGCCUCACCACCGACACCCCCAAGGGCCACCGCCGCCGCCGCAACCGUCAGUCUCUGUUCCUCCGACAACGGGAGGCUACCAUGGUGAUGCUCCGGGCGCCUUUGAUCGGAACCGCUCAGCCUCGGCAGGCAACCUGAUGCCCUUCAAGAUGGGUCGACCUCCUCCGCAGCUCUCCGAUCCACGCCUCGGGAAUGCUCGAGCUCCGCCGAUGCAGUCGCCUCCAAUGGCAAGACCGUUGCAGCACCAGCAGCCCCAACAUGCGCCAAUGAACUACUACCCGAGUGAUCCUCGGUAUGGAGGACCCCCGCCCGCACAGAUGCUUCGGCCAGGGACGAGCGUGAACGAGUUUGGUGCCAGAUCGCCGUUUGAUCCAAGGCCUUUCCCUGUACGGCCCCACACCUUCCACGAGCAUCAACGCUUCCGGCCUGGUGGGCCACCUCCUACUCCGCCACCGGCACCGCUGGCACUGCCGCAACGCGAGGAUCCAUUCACAUCGAUGCAUUUUCCCAACUCGAGCUCCCGCGAGGUGUCGGCCUUUCAGCGUCACGCCGUGGCUUCUCAAGGCUCGCUGCAGCCGGGCAUGACUGUCCAGGAGACGAUGCAUCGCCCGAGUGCCCCUACUUUCAGCCCUCAAUCGACGCACCAGCAGCCAUUUGGACCUCGGGACUAUCGCACGCCAAGGCCCUCGAACCGAAGUUAUGACUGGCCCAGCGAAGCGUCAUUGACAUCGCCUCACGGGCCUCCGCCGCCUCACAGUGCCAUUGGCUUUGGGUCCAUGAACUCUUCCAGACCAUCGCAGCAGCAGCAUUCGUUCCACCACCACUACCAGCAGCAUCCCCCGCAAGCACAGCAGCACCUGCAGCAGUAUCACCCGCAAUAUCACCAACACCAACCGCCUCAGCAGCAGCAGCCACAGCAGCCACAGCAGCCACAGCAGCCACAGCAGCCACAGCAGCCACAGCAAUACCACUACGAUCAGCAGCAGCAGCAGCAGCAGCAGCAGCAGCAGCAGGUGCCCGUGGAAGUCCCGUACGUGUCAAGUUCGCGGAGGAGCAUACCUUCCACCUUUGAAGACGAGGAGAGGCAGAGCUCGACACGCAACCAGCAGGGGCAGGCGAUGUUGCAGAAGCCUCUGCAGCCACAGCAGGCCCGCAUGAUGCGUCCUCACACCGCUGCCGUCGACGGAACAGGCUCGAGUGUCAACAACACGCAGCACCCGGCUCAAGGCUCCGAGAGGUCGUCUGGCUCCUCGUUUGCUUCGUCUGCUUCUCAUGUCUCUCACCGCCGCAAUAUAUCCUCCGACGAAGGUGUGCAGAAGCCAAGGGAUGCCAACGACGACUCGUUUAGCGCGCCCACGUCUGCUCGCAGCUCGCAGAGUGGACCUCUGAGCCCCGAGACAAAGGAGCUCAUGUCGGCUGCUUCGUCGACGCAGCUGCCGUACGCGAGCAGCAGCACGAGCCUGAGCAGAAAGGCUUCGCUCGACGACUCAGAGCUCCUCAAGAUGCGGCCUCUGCCCACGCCGCCAAGCCAGCCUUCGUCGGCGGUGGCGGACGACCGCGAGCACGUCGAAGAGCUGCGCGAUGCUCCAAAGGACUCCGACACGCUCAAAGUGGGCGACUGGAGGAAGGUCAUCUCGUCACUUAGCGCGCGUACCGGCGACGGCCGCGGUGUUCGCGAGGGUGACUUGCUCGAAGACUCGGACAGCAGCACGCUUAGGGCUGGUGCCGCCCCGUCGUCUGCGGCAUCUUCCGUGUUCGCCAGUGGAACUCAACCAUCUGGUGCUGCUGACGCUACCUCAAGAACACCGACGAUGGCGGCAGCCGGGGCUGCGACGAGUGAUAGCGCCGUCGAGGUACAGAAGACAAGGGCAGCGGAAGAGGCACAAGAUGAGCCUACUUCCUGGGAUGAUUUCGAAGACGAUGAGGAAGAGCUCGAAGGAGGAACCUGGAUGAAGCCUAUGGCUCCAAAAGAAGACGUUGUCGCGUCACUCCAACCCCUUGCGUCUGGAUCUGGAUCGAAAGACAAAGGCAAAGACGCACGGCAACUGGCCAACGAGGACAUCAAGCCUCUGACCGACUCUCCUGCUUCGCUCAGUCAAGCCACGCUGCGUCCGGACGAAACGCAUGCUAUUCACAGGCCGCCAGGUUCACCAGGACAGGCUGCGAGUCCUCAUCGACCGGUGCUCACCAUCCAGAUCAAUGGGCCGAACGCGUCGACAGGACACCACUCGCCCAGUCUGGUGCAGCACGGUCUUGGCCUUCGUCACAAUCUGCCUACGUCUUCCCCUCGAGUGUCGCCCCAAGGGCCCAAGUCGCCCCCCAAGUCGGUGGGAGCCGCUUCUCGCAUUGAGCCGCCAGCGUCGUUGACCAUGACGCCGACAAAAGACGAGCCAGGUCCACCACUUUCCGAGAACCGACGUCCCUCGUCCUCGUCGACGACGACUACUGCGUCUUCUUCGAGCUCGGGCAGCAACUUGCACAGGAGCACCUCGUUUGCUCGGCGCGACGACACCGACUGGGCUUCUCGUCCACCUCCCGAGCUGCUCUACGAAAACCUCGACGACUUCUUCCCAAAGCUCGACCUGGACAAGCCUGUCCUUGAGGCAGCAAAUGCGCCGGGCAGCCCUCUCAUUGGCAGCGAGCAGACGCCAGUCUCAAACCCCGCUGCCGCUCACACGGCUCUUGGAACUUCGUCGCUGACGCCGCUGCGGCCGAUCUCCCCCCCGGCUGCAGUUGCGCCAACGUUGCGCGCUGGCGGCGGCGGCGGCGGCGGCGCGAUUGGCCGACACAAGAAGUCCAUUCGGAUUGUGGCACAAGACCGAAAGAGAUUCAUGGAUCGAGCCGAGGCCAUCGAGCGUCGACACGCCGAUGCGCAGGCACCCGGUGAUGACGAGGCCGACAACAGGCUCGCGAGACGGCGCAGCACCAAGCUCUGGGGCGGUCGGGUCGUCGAAGUGACGCCGGGCGUGGACCCUACUUCGGCCACCUCACUCGAAUCACCUUCGAGCGAAGGGGGCAGCGGCAGGCCCGUCUUCAAGUGGGUCAAGGGCGACCUUAUCGGCAGAGGCACAUACGGAAGGGUCUACCUCGCUCUCAAUGCGACGACGGGAGAGAUGAUCGCCGUCAAGCAGGUCGAGCUGCCAACAACGGCUUCAGAUCGCGAGGACAUCCGGCAGAAGAACGUCGUCGCGGCUCUCAAGUCGGAAAUUGAGACGCUCAAGGACCUGGACCAUCCCAACAUUGUGUCCUACCUCGGCUACGAGGAGACCAGGCAGACGCUGAGCAUUUUCCUCGAGUAUGUGCCAGGUGGGAGCGUCGGCAGCUGCUUGCGCAAGCAUGGCAAGCUCGAGGAGGCUACGAUCAAGUCGUUCCUCAAUCAGAUUCUCGAGGGCUUGAGCUACCUCCACGGCCGCAACAUUCUCCACCGCGACCUCAAGGCCGACAACCUCCUCGUCGACCACCAGGGAACCGUCAAGAUCUCCGACUUUGGCACGGUGCGAAAGAGCGAAGACAUUUAUGGCAACGUCGCCUCCAUGUCGGUCCAGGGCAGCAUCUUCUGGAUGGCACCGGAGGUCAUGUCGCUCAGCUCCAGAGGCUACUCUGCCAAGGUCGACAUCUGGAGUCUUGGCUGCGUGGUGCUGGAGAUGUUUGCAGGUCGAAGACCCUGGUCCGAGGAAGAAGCCGUCCACGCCAUGUUCAAGAUUGGUGCUGAACGCAAAGCGCCGCCCAUCCCACCCGACGUGCGUCUGAGCAAGGCGGCGACACACUUUCUCAAGACGUGCUUCUACGUCGACCCGACAAAGCGACCGACGGCAUCGAGGCUGCUCGAGCACGUAUUCCCACACCCGCUCGAAGGUUGGCAAUUUGAGCAGUCGAGCCUCUAUCAGCAUUUGGCAAGGUGAUCCUCCGUACUCUCUUCUCCCUCCCUUCCACCCUUUUUCUUUUCCUUUUUCUCUCUCCAUAUCUACAUACUCAACGAUACCACACAAGACAGACUCAAAAGGGAUGGCCCUUUCUUAAUGUUUCUCUCUUAUCUUAUCCAAUCAAUCGAGCAAUGUCUUCUCUCUCAC